CAUCACCCGCACCUCUGCAGUAACAACAUCCUACUGACCAGUCCAGCUUACCCCCUCCCUCUCCGCUAGUUCCCACUCUCUCUACUCCUCUCCGGCGAGGUACAUGCCUGCCCACUAUGCGCCCCUCCCCAACCCCCACGCAGACCCGGACGCAGACCAUGAGCUAGAGGCUGCCUUCGACGACUCCGACGACGAGGAAGAACAAGGCGCCCCUGGACGCAUACGCAACGGCUACCUCGAGCUCGCCCACGAGGAGCCCGCCGCCUCGUUGUCCGAGACAGUCGCCCCCGAGCCAGCCUCAGGGACGUACAACUUCGAGAGCACCGAUUUCGACUGGGUCCGCCCGCCCCCAGGUUCCCCGCCAAGCCCCACGCGCGCAAUAUCUAACGACUACGGCAACUCGAAUGGCGUCGUGCCGGUGCUGACAGAUGUGGAAAGGACGAGGAGAGGGUGGUUCAGGCAAACCGCCGCCGCAGUGUUGCCCAAUCACUAUGUCCAGCGGUUCGGUCUCUCUCAAGAGGUCCCCAGAACACCUGUGGGCGGCGGGACGGGCAAUGACGGCGUCUUCGCCAAUGUGGUCGCUAAACCGUCUCGUUCGGUGGUGAUCCAGGAAGGUGACGAGACGUAUCUGGUGCCUGAGGACGCGCAAAAGGACGCACCGCCAUCCUACGCCGUCGCCCAGCAAGACGUCGUACCACCAUACUGGGAAACGACCAUUCACGCCCCCUCCGCCUCGAACGAGCCCGGUGAGGUCGUCAUCGACGGCCUGCCCACAGGCUCGCUCUUCUCCUUCCUCUGGAACAUGCUCGUCAGCGUGUCCUUCCAGUUCGUCGGCUUCAUGCUCACGUACCUCCUGCACACGACCCAUGCCGCGAAGCUCGGCUCGCGUGCAGGCUUCGGAAUCACGCUCAUUCAGUACGGCUUCGCCAUGCGCCGGGACAGCCAGGAGGCUGGCUAUGGGCAGACCACGCAGGAGGCGUGGAAUAGACCACACUUUUCCACCCCGGAGGAGGCUGACGAUUAUUACAAGAGCUUGAACGCCACAGCGCCGACGACGACGGAGCCGCCGAACGCUGAUGGAAGCAACCCCUUCUUCCUCGGGGACGCUGCCGCGGAGUGGAUCUCGUUCCUGCUCAUGACCAUCGGCUGGUUCGUCCUCCUUACCUCUCUACUCGGCUUCUGGCGCGUCAAACGCUGGGAGCGUGGUAUCCUCAGUUCGCAGCAGGAGAGCCCCUCUCAGAGGCACGUCAACGGGCCCGCCAACGGCACGCUCAUCCACUCGCUCGAGCGCGCCCUGGGCAUCAACGGGCUCGCAGAUGGCUCGCUCAUCCGCACAGGAUUCGGGCUCGAGCGGCCGGGUGCGCGAGAGGGCGAUCUCGAGGCGGAGAUCGCCAUUGAGCGCAUCGUGGGCCCGUUGGGGGACCCGGAGGAGCGGCGCGCGCACCUUGCGGAGCGCAACGAGUACCAGCUCCCGCUGACGGACGAUCCGGAGCAGAACGCGCGCGUCGCACAGGCGAUGGCGGAGCAGGCACGGCUGCAUCAUAACCUGCGCCAGGCGGGGCUUAUUUAGGCGUAACGGACGCUGCGUAUUCCUAUCCUUAUCUGUCACGGUUCUGCGGGCACUUGUACGAGGCGGCGUUGUUGCGUUCUAUUCUACUAUACCUACAGUCCAGGUCAGGCGGCGUGCGGUGCGGUGGGCACACGCAGCGUUCAUCUUUUGUCGGACCCACACAGGUUUUGUUGCUGCAUGUAAUAGUAACUACAUAUACUGUACAUACUGUUCGCUUCUCUUCAAAUUCGUCCUUGCUGCUGUCCUUCCAGUGACUGCAGUGGGCGUUCGCCGAGCAACUGCGUGCUCCAUUCAUUCCUUAGUCUUCGCUUCACUUUGUAACCAUACGUGGAAUGUGAUAGUAUAAUCGUCGAGCACGUUG